UGAACUUUAUCAAAAGUGGAUCUCGACCUUCGGUGUUCUCUCGGUUGGAUCAAUAAUCCGGAUAACAAACAUCCGCGACGGUUAAAUGCUUGCGUUUAAUUCUUUCACUUGCUUCCCAAAAAAAGAAGUCUCUAUCUUUUUUUUUAUAUAUAUAUAAUCACUUCAUGUAUGCCACCACUUCACAUACCAAACGUUUCCCUUCACAAUGUCGCUUCUUUACUCAAGGAAACUGUAGAGCUGGACAAGAAUGUCAAUUUGCACAUACAUUACCUUUGAAAGGUACGCCUCAUAGUCAUACUGUUCCUCACACUGUCCUUUUUGGUGACGAAGCUACACUAGAUUUGGAACCUGAAUCGAUUCAAAAAGCAAUACGUGAUUUAGAGCUGGAUCAACUAGACCGUGCCUAUAAAGACCAUAUUCAAAAGACAACUAUGACCGAUACUUGUACUUGUCUUUUAUUCGACAGUUUGACUUGCGGUUCAAUAGAACUUUUGAUUCCUUACCAUUAUCCUGACCUGCCUUGCUCUAUACGACUAGAUCACGAUCCUACUAUUCCUCAACAUAUAAAACAACAAAUGAACGAAACUUUUGAAUCAUUCCAACAUCAACUCAAACAUAUGACUUUGGUUCAACAAAUAGAUAGAUUAUGUAGCUCUUUUAGUACAACAACAACUACUACUACUAUCACUGCCACUAAUAAUAACAACAGCAACAAUAACUCGAUAUAGUUACCCUCUAUUUUUUUUUCCCUUCCUCUAUACACAUUUAUUAUUAUUAUUAUUUUAUCAAUAUUUCCCUUUUUCAUUCAUACACUUUAUUCAUAUCAUCCCUUCAUUGUUAUAUAGUG